AUGAAUAACCACACGGAAGCCGAAGAAAACCCUAGACGGCGGGCUUUCCGACGUGCGGUUAUAGCAAACAUCAAUCGCAGCACUGCUCUGAGACAGCAACGUCAUAUAAGAGAGCAGCAGAUACAGGAGAGGGAGAGGCAGCAGCUGCAGAGAUGGGAGAGGCAGAAUUGGAGAACCACUGCCGCUCCUGCCCAGGUGGUUCAUAACCAACAAGAAGUCAUCCGGCCGACCCCAGUUGCCUCUGACGGCAGCUCUGGACCUAGCCUCAUCGGAAACCUGAAGAAAGUAGCCGAGGCUACUCCCAACGUAGCCUUCGAAUACCCCAUCUCGUCCUGGACCAUCCUGUCGUUCGACUUGAACUACGACCCUACCCAAGCGAAAGGAAAACAGCCCGAGAUCGAGCCACGGGUCGCCUCGUCCAGCAACUCCAAGGGAAAACAGCCUCAGCAGCCACGUCACAACAUUAAUCAGUGGCUCGAUGGAAGGCCUCGCCCAGCUCUGGACCCCCGUGCUGACGAGUGGCUGCCCUUGAUCCGCACGGUGGAUCAGGAUAAUCAGCCAUUGGAUAGGCCCAAUAAACGGAGCUCAUCCUACGACAGUGACAGCCUCGGCGACUGGCCAGACUCGGACGGAUACCAGUCCAAACGGCGCUCCUGGCUCGAGUCGGAAGUUGAAUCGAGAGAUGGAUCUCCCGUUGCAGAAUGGCAACUUUGGUCCCCUGACUUCGAUAACCUUGAUGUGAGGUCAGACGAGGGGCAGGGCUCCGGAGAGGGCAAACAGCCCGAUGAGGGCAACGACCUCAACGAGGGCAAAGACUCUGACAAGAACGAAGAGUCCAACAAGGGGAAAGACUCCAAGAAGGGAGAAGAGUCCGACACCGAGGACUUGAAACCUCACUACAUCACACCGGUUGACUCAAGGGACGGAACCCCCGUCAACCCACUAGCUCGAGUCCCAUUACUGGAUCGUGGCCCGAGUAUCCGGCUCCAAAAAGCACUGGCAGAAGACCAAGACGCUCCCAGGAAGCCGAUCUGCGAUCUCUUCGGCUCCAGCGAACCGCUCCCACCUGCCACCCAGAACGGCCUUCUUAAGGCGGCUGAAUGGGCGGGCGUCUGUCGUAGCGAGGUACGCGAGCCUUCUAUGCAAGCAAAGAUGGCGAUGUUGGGACCGGAGAGGUCUGUGAGUGAGAUGGAGCUGGAAUGGAGCCUUUGGGCAGGGCUAAAGAGGCCUAGGAAGAAGCCUGCUUACUUGCCUCGGCUCGAGGAGAAGCACGAAGAGGAGUUUCCUUCCGCAUUAAGGCGCGAACAAAGACGCUUGAUGAGAUUCGUUGGUCCCUCCUCGGUGGAAGGGGUGGCGAAAGCUCUCGAGAAACGCCUGGCAGAGGUCGUGGCGGAGCGUCAGAGGGAAUGGUGGAAUGGAUUACUUCAACGCUCCGAUGCCCGUGCGCAUCAGCUUGCCCAAGAAGCCGCCGAGGCUCGGUCCUCUUGUCGUCUGCACGCGUGGGUGACUACGAUUGCUGAUAUUGCUGUUCCUGCUGGAGGUUGUAGCCCAAAGGCAUGGUGGAGGCUCUAG